GCUGCCGAGGUCACGAAUCAUGUGACAGCGGCUUGCUGAGGAGACUGUCUUUGAAGCUGUCCCUGAAGUGACAGCAGACAGAACCCGGCAGGCCAGAAACCCAGGCGUGGAGAUUGAUCCUGCGGGAGAAAGGGGUUCGUCAUGGCGGAUGACCUAAAGCGAUUCCUGUAUAAAAAGUUACCAAGUGUUGAAGGACUCCAUGCCAUUGUUGUGUCAGAUAGAGAUGGAGUACCUGUUAUUAAAGUGGCCAAUGAUAAUGCUCCAGAACAUGCUUUGAGACCUGGUUUCUUAUCUACUUUUGCCCUUGCAACAGACCAAGGAAGCAAACUUGGACUUUCAAAAAAUAAAAGUAUCAUCUGUUACUAUAACACCUACCAGGUGGUUCAAUUUAAUCGUUUACCUUUGGUGGUGAGUUUCAUAGCCAGCAGCAAUGCCAAUACAGGACUAAUUGUCAGCCUAGAAAAGGAACUUGCUCCAUUAUUUAAAGAACUGACACGAGUUGUGGAAGUUUCUUAACCUGACAGUGGUUUUGAUGUGUACCUUAUCUUCAUUAUAGCAACACAAUAUCAAUCCAGCAGUCUUUAGAACACAGGAAUACUUGUAUCCACGUGCUCAAGAAAGGUCCCCUUUUUCCACCUUCUGCUAAAGAAAGAGCCUGUAGAUGUAAUUUAUAGACAGAUCGGUUGUUACAUUUUCUCCUGUUGGGUCUUUUCUUAUGUAGUGAGAUCUGGGAAUACCACAAAAAUGGUUCAGUCUAUCACAGCUCCCAUGGAGUUAGCCCAGUCACCAGACAUGGAUGAGAUUCUAGUCAGUGGAUCAGAAUCAAAAUGGUACAUUGAUCCACUGGAGCCAUUGAGUGUUCCCUGUUGUACAGUAUGCCCAGGUCUGCAGAAUGAAGCAGACUCUUUUUAUUGUGAAUAAUGAUAAGGACAUAUUUUUCUUCCGAUUAUGUUUUAUUUCUUUGCAUUGAGUGUGAGGAAGAUAAAAUGACUUAGUAAAAGUAAUAAAAUCAGUACAAUCACUAACUUUCCUUUGUACAUAUUAUUUUACAGUAUAGGGGAAUAUUACUAAUUGAUUCUUUUCAGAGGGUGCUGCUCUUUAAUGAAAAUGAAAAUUGUGGCUAAUGGUUUUUCCCCCAACUCUGCUUUCUAUAACGAAUCAGUGUUUUAAUGUUUGUGUGUUCUUUAUGAAAUUUAAAUAUGGUUUGUUAUUGAAUUCUGUUUCCAGUAUCAGUAUGUAUGUAAACAUGAUAGUGUAGCCAGUUUUUUCAUACAUGAGUAUAAAUAAAAUAGUAUUUUUAAAAAUAUAA